ACAGAAGACGCUAUUUUGGUUGGCCACUCACAGAAGGCAAUAGGAGCUAUUAAAAUUGAGACUUGAGUUUAGUUCUGGUCAUUUAAAGUCAGAGACAUAUCAUACCAACACUUUUUCUGUGGAGAUUAAAGCAAAGGAACAAAAGACAUGUCUGAGGCACCGAAAAAAUCAAAGAUCUCUGCAUCUCGAAGACUCUUUCUUAAGACCAAGCUGCUGAAAACAGCAGCUGCAAUGUUGGAGAAGUGGAAGGAGGAGAGGAAGGCGCAGAAAGAAAUUACUCUGACGGAAAAAGUUCCUCCUCUGGAGCUGUCUGGUUUGUCUCUUCAGGAUCUUCAGGCUUUGUGCAAAGAUCUGCACCGCAAGAUAGAUGUGGCAGAUGAGGAGCGCUACGACAUUGACCUUAAGGUGUCCAAAAACAUCAAGGAGAUUGAAGAUCUAAACCGGAAGGUAUUUGAGCUAAAGGGUAAGAUGAAGCGACCUGCUCUCAAGAGAGUGAAGAUCUCUGCAGACGCCAUGCUGGGAGCUCUGCUAGGCUCAAAGGUUAAAGAGUCUGUGGACUUUAAGGCCAACCUGAAGACUGUGAAGAAAGAGGAGGAAAAGAAGGAGGAAGUGACAGACUGGAGGAAGAACGUGGAGGCCAUGUCUGGAAUGGAAGGAAGGAAGAAGCUUUUCAAUGCCAACCCGUAGAUUUAUAUUCGUGGACAUUUUGAGAAUAAAUGCAGUUUUACAGGG